AUGGAGAGCCAGGAUGAUUCGGAGGUCGGCACAGCCGACGCUGGGCAGCCUCGCUCGAGGUCACUGUCCUGCUUUGCUGCACUUUGGCGCGACACGCAGACGAAAGUGCUGAAGGGCUACCGUCCAGAGCAGCUCAGGCGCUCCCUAGCCUUUGGUUUGCUGGCGGCCUAUCACAACUACGUUUUUCUUGCGGCGGCACUUAGCAUAGUGAUACUGAGUGGCAAUUUGAUCCUUGCGUGGUUCAUCAGCUGGUUCCAAGAAGUCCGCAAUCUCGAAGGAGCGCUGGAUCCGGGCAAGGUGUCUUUGGGUUAUUACCUGGCAGUUCUACUUCGGUGCUGGCUUCUGAUUCACCUGUCUGCAGAGCUGCUUCGCUGCACCAUCUGGUUGGUUGAGGACUGUUGGGAAGUGCAGACUUUUCAGACAUACCGGCGAAUCUGUACGGGUGCAGCUUUUCUGAAGAUGCGCGAAGCACAGCCAGUUCCUGCUAUUGCGAAACAGCUAUCAUGCAGUGGCUGGGUGCAUGGAAGUUCUUGGCAGUGGUGGCUGGAUCUACUGAUUCAGGCGCUGAUAUAUGCGACCAUAGAUGUGGUUCCCUUAGUCUUCGCCGUGCCUUCACUCUUUCGCCUUGACUUGGUGAGCUUUCUAAGCUCUCUUUUUGCUACUGCAUGCUCUGCUGGGGUCGUGCAUGUGAUGAUCCUCUAUGCUGCCUGGACAGUAUCGGAUGCGGUUGCAAAGGUGGUGGCGUGGAAUGCAUUGCGAAUCUCCGACUCUGACAUCCUGCCUUUGCCGCCCGGCGAAGUUCUGCGAGAGCCACAGGCCGAUGAACCCGAAGAUCCCCUGGGACCUGCCAACUUCUGCGCCCUAUUUGGUGGCAUCUUGCAGUUGGGCUGGGUCGUGAUCUUGAAAGCAGUGUUUUUUUCUGCGUUGGUGAUCUUUGCAAUACAGAGAGAUAUGGCAGAUGAAAACCCAUUCUGGCUGGUAGCUGCGCUCCUCCUCGGUGUGGCUUUCUGGCAUUCUAGCUUCGCCCAAGGCCUGCAGCUUCUGGCAGGCUGGCUCGAAAUGUCUUCGUGGAGGUCUUGCUUGCCAUGCAACACGGCUGACGAAGAAGGUGAGACACUUUCCGGUGAGGGCGAUGCUAGGUUCCUGUGUGUGCCAGUGCAGCUCGCGGCUAAGUUGCAAGCGUGGGGAGCUGCGCAUGCUGGUCUUUCAGCAACCGCUUUAGCAGGCCAGUAUGAGCUUGCCGUUUAUGCUUUGUUGCUGCAGCUCGCGCUGUUCGGCAACUUCAAGUGGGUUGAAGGGGGCAUCUUCAUUCUGCUCCUCAUCAUUUUGCUCUUGUUUAGACGGGCGACACUGCUUCGUUUGGGCAAUUGGUGUGCUUUCUUUGGUCUACUCGAGAGCACUUUCUUGGUGGUGUUGGCAGUAGCCAUGAAUGCGGCCUACUCGGGAUGUGCAGGAGGUGGGGCUGUCCUCGUGCUGGCCUUGCUCUUGCAAUGUACGCUCAUGCGGGAAGAACUCCGAGCUUGGCGUGUUUGGCGGGCUGUCAUCUUGGGGCUUCACUGCAGCUUAGUCCUGGUGGUGGCCCUUUGCAUGUGGUCCAUGCAGGGUGGAAGUGGUUGGACAGAGCAUCGAGCUCAGCCCAGAGUUGGAGUGAGCACGUACCCCUGGUGCGAUCUUCAGUGGCCCUUGGGACAAGGCUCCGGUCGCUAUUUAACUAUUACCAAUUUCGCUGACAUCUGCGCGAUGACGAACCUCCCAGGCUCGGAUUUCAAUGCCACCCUGAAGUCGCAGUUUCCGGGAUGGACGCUCGUGUUUGAGAGACGUGCAGGGAACUCCCGGUCAGACAAAAGCCGCGACGGAUAUUACGACUGGACGACCUUCUUUGAGCUGGCAGAUCCGCAGAACGAAUCCACGCUGUUUGCAGUUCGUGGGACCCAGAGUCCGCUGGAAGUGCUGCAGGAUGUGAACAUAUUCACGCCGGUUGUGCUCACACAGAUUGCGGCAUUCUUCGGCCCGGACCUCACGUCCUCCGUGACCAAGACGGUCUUCUCACUGUUUUCAGGGCUCCCCAGCAUUGACAAAGACUUCUUCCAGGCUUUCCUGGCGCAUGUGCGCGCCCGAGUGAGAAGUGACCCAUCACGCCGGUACUAUCUCACUGGCCACUCUUUGGGUGGAGGCUUGGCGAAGCUGGUGGCGCUGGAGGUGGGACAGCCAUCUGUAACCUUCGCUGCCCCCGGCCUCCGGUACACCUCGCAGAUGCUGCUUUCGAAGGAGGCAAUCUACACCGGCAGCGAGUUGUUGGAGGCAGGGGAACACCUGUCGACAAACGUAGUUCCCGAACACGACCUGGUGUCCCAAAUUGACCAACAGCUGGGUGCACAGCUUGGGGUGGCCUGUGUGCUUACCUGGAGGUUAUUCGAGCACCUCAAGCUACUCUUGUUGGAAAGGCCCUGGACCACGGAAGUGCACAAGCUGCCCGUGUCACAGCUUCUGAGUGACGACGCCGCUGCAGACGCGAUCGCGGAUGAGCUUCGGAGCUAUGGGACAAAGCCUAAACCGUUUUCAUGCGCCAGAGAGCGUAAGAGAGCAUCAGAGUUCCGCUCCUUGGCCGGAACACCGGGGACUGUGCAGCUUCGUACAGGACAGACCAUCUGGGACUUUUAUCAGCAGAACCUCCGGGAACUGCCUGAGUGCUUGGCCAAGAUGCAAGAUCGAGGUGUUCCUGUGGAUGCUUCGACUCUCGAGCGUCUGGAGGACAUAUCCCGCGGAGACCUGGAAAAGAAGACGAGCCUCUUGCGUGAGACAUUGAAGUCCAUCCGCAAGCCUGAUGGAAGUGUACUUUGCGAAGAUGUGUCUGCCAUCAACAUCAACAGCGCGCAGCAGCUCCAGACCCUGCUGUUUGGAGGCGCGAGCAACAAGUUCAACUCCUUCGAGACUUUGGAGGCGACGCGCACCUUCCAAUCUGCCGAGGCCUCCGGGAAGAGGAAAUUCGAGCUGUCGAGCUUGGGCCUGGAGCCAGGCAAGAAGAAGAUUGACUUUACCCACAAAGGCUGGCCCAGCACUCGCAAGGAAGUCAUGGCCCGCCUUCGCAGCGGUGGAGAGGUCGCGCGCCAGCUGACGGAAGCUGGAUUCAAUGAGGAAGCGUUGGGCAAUGUGGAAGCGGCGCUUGGUUACUUGUCAGAUUGCAAGCAAAUCGAGACCACUGCCCGCAUGCUGAAAGCGCUGCGGACCGCCGUCGUGAAGGAUCGGAUCCAUCCCUCCUGGCAGUUCGCCACCUCCACCGGGCGCUUGACUUGCAGUCAACCCAAUUUGCACAGCCUGGUUGCAGGGAGCAAGGACAUCUACGGUUUGCGAGCUGCCUUCAAGGCACAGCCAGGUCACAAACUGGUGCUUGCAGAUUACUCCCAGCUUGAGCUGCGCAUCCUGGCCCAUAUCUCCAAGUGCAGGGUCAUGUCGCAAGGUCUGCAUGAAGGCGGCGACUACCAUGCCCAGGUUGCGGCCGAGAUGUUUGACCACGUCCGCGAGGCCGUGGAGAAAGGUGAUGUCACGAUGGACAACACUGGGAUUGAGGCUCAAGAGUCCACGGAUAGGCAGGGAUUAGUUCUGCGCUGCCUUUCCAUCCCCCUCGCAAUCAUGGGGGUCAUGGCACUUCGGCUGCAAGAGUGGGCCUCGCAGAUGCUAGAUGGGGUGAAGUCUCGCUUGUCUAAGGACCUCACUGUAGCAGAUAUGAUGCCCGAGAAGGGCGAGAAAAAAUGCUGCUGCUGUUGCUGCGGCUGCUUCGGCUUCAUCGUCUUCAUUCUCUUCAUCACUUCUUUCCAGCAGGUGAAUCGGCUGCAUGCGGGGCUCCUGAGAAACAGCCUCACCGGUGAGGUGGGCUUAGAGCGAGCAUACUUGCAGGGGCGUUACUUCGUGGGGUUCUGGAACGAGUUCUUGCACUUUCCCACAACUCUCAACACAAUUGAAUUCGCUGACGAAGCAGUCGAAGAAGGAGUGCAACAGCUGGGAAAGCUCAGGUCGCGCGACAAGGACGGCAAGCAGAUUUGGCUAGAUGUGUCUGUCCAGUAUCGGAUCUAUCCGGAAGAGCUGCCGCAAAUCUACAGGGAGAUGACGAAGGUGUACGAAGAUGUCUACAUCUCGGAGCUUCGAGGAGCUCUGCAGCAGGUCACGAAUGAGUUCGCUAUUGACCAGGCUUGGAGAGAUUAUCCCAGCGUGCAGAAGAAGAUGCACGAUGUGUGCAAGGCCGUUCUACUACAACGCCACGCAGAGUGUUGGGGUCUUCAGCUCUGGGGCAUCCGUCUGCAAGUGGAAUACGAGAAUCAGCUCAUCCGGACGCAGGUGAGGAAGCAAGCAGAGGAAACCGCGAGAGCAACGCAGCUUCAGACAGAGUACCGCCAGAAGACCGAGGUCAUACUGGCCGAAUAUGUUGCCAACGUGACAAUCAUCAACCAGAAGGGUGUUGCCGACAAGAACCGGAUAGAACGUGACUCCGUAAGUGCCGCGCAGUCGGCGUUGGUGACAGCACAAGGAGAAGUGCUGAAAAUCGUCCAGGAUGAGGUGAAGCUGAACGCCACAGAAUGGAUGCCCGAACGGAUCAUGACUCCAGAACAGCUUGUACAAUACCAGCGGAUACUAAUGCUGAAGAACAAGAAGAAUGCGAGCCCUGGCUGCAUCUUCUCCAACCCUGAGGCGCUGCGACGUCGCACCACGACAGCAGACGAUGCAGAUGUGCUGGCAGUUCCGCGUGUGAGAGGGCCGCGGUGCAUCUUCUCUGGGUACCGCAUGCUGGCAUUUGUAAGCGGGGCCUUAUAUGGAAUGUUCCAGAGCGCUCAUUGCAUGCGCUUGAGUGAGCAUGCAGUGCUACUUUCUGGGGCCUGCUACCGGUGCACAGAGAGGAAGGUAUUCCGAAAGCUAGAGUCAGCGGAUACAUGGACGGAUGGCACGCUCACCCAGGAGUUUGCUGGCCCGCCGGCACAGUCACCGGCAGCCCCUAGCAAGGCUUUUGCCGUGUUGGUCUUUGCCGUUUCUGCUGCAUAUUCCAAUCGUGAAACACGGUCCGUCUUCCCGGAGGAGCGGAACAGGGCCAAGGCGGUGAACUUUGGCAUCAUAUACGGCAUGACGGACUCACGCUUGGCAGAGGAUUUGAAUAUGCCCCGAGAAGAAGCGACAGCCCUGAUGGAGGCUUGGUUCUCGAGCAAGCCGAUGGUUAGGAGCUGGAAGAAGCGGGUGGAGGACCACGCGCAGCAGGAACGAAUCUCCUUGUCCUUGCUUGGCAGAGAGCGACAUCUGCAUCUUCUUGACGACCAGGCGUCAGCCUAUCAUCGUGAAAAAUCGAAGCGGGCGGCAGUGAACUUCGCCAUCCAGGGCUCUGCUGCCGACAUUGUUACGGCCGUCAUGCUUCAGCUUGAGAACUGCCAAGAGCUCACGAAGAUUGGGUACCACCUCAUCAUGCAGGUGCACGACGAGAUCAUUUUGGAGGGCCCUGAUCAGCACGCUGAAGAGGCAGCUGGAAUCUUGAAGGAGAUCAUGUACACGCCCUUUAAGGACAUCGCGCCAUCCUACGAGUUCCUCGCCCCACUGGAGGUAAACGUCGCUAUCGGGGACACACUUCAAGCGAAGGCAUGA